AUGCCUGGCACCGUGCCAACCGAUCUGGAAUGGUACCGGCAGCUCCGUGUGAUCCAGCUUCGCGAUGAUACAUUAGAUGGUUCAUGGCUAGUCACCCAAUCUGCCACUGUGAGCGGCGUAGGAUAUGUCAAUCAUUCCAAUCGAAUGCAUGCCCCCUCGCACCAUGAUUGCUGUUUCGACGACGACGGGGUUGGCAGCCUGAUGUCAUACAUCCGAUUCCGCGACCCGGCGUCAGGUACCUGGUCAUUCGACGUGCAUGAAUUAUGCUGGCAGAUUCUACUGCAGAGAGUCCCGGGGGGCCGAUCCGACCUCACCAAGGUUUCCACUCUCCUAUUCCAGAUGAUGUUUUGUACCACAUGGGACAAGCAUAGAUACCUUCGUCCUGAUCAUGACUUCGGUGGCGCAGCCCAAUUUCAAAAGCCGAUGGGGGCUGUGAUUCACGAUAUGAUCGACCAAGGAUUUGAUUAUCUCUCGGCUUGUCCUUCACAGUUCCGCGAUCUGGCAGAGAUUCUAUCGUUUGCUACCCCGGACACUCAGUUCUGCCCUCAACAAUCCACGCAUAGAGCCUGGAGGCCGUCUUCGCGCGAUGACAUAUUCUCCUCACUUCCAGUCGAGGUUCUACUUAUGAUUGUGUCCGUCCUCCCUUCACCCGACAUUCAGCAGUUGCGAUUGGCGUCAAGAAGUCUUGCAUCCGCGACUGAUCCGUCAUCGCUGCCUCAGUUCUUCUGGCGCACCAGGUUUCUGGCAGAUGGUGAGAUGGGAUUUGCUUGGCCCGCUAACUCGACGGGUGAUCUCAACUGGCGUGACGCUUACUUUACGCUGAAGCAUGCUUUGAGCGAUACCUCCGGCUCCAACUUUGCGCAGGCCAGAAACCGGCGGCGAAUAUGGAGACUCGCUGAUAUCAAUGCGGCUCUGCUUUCUCAGUUCUUGGAGGGAACCGACCUUUGUGGCAGUAUCUGUACCAAAAACGCAGGUCUGUCUCAUAGCCCCAAUACAACUACUGAAAAUGGGACACACGGUAAAAUGCUCAGCGCCCAAGUCUCGGAGGACUCUCACCGGCUACUUUCUGUAGGAAGUCUGAGGCUCCACGAUAGGACCGUCAUUCUACCUUUGGACGCCUCCACUGUCAAGACCAUUCGUGUUUAUGUGGUUUACUUUAACUUGCAGUGUUUCAUCUCCGGUCUGGAAUUUGAACUUCUGAACCUUUCUACUCAAGCGCUUUCCGACAUUGCUCUGGGAUUCACGCCACCCAAUGCGGGCCAUUUGAUCCAAAUUGCCCCGUCCGUUUGUGUAACAGGAUUUGAACUAGAAGUCAGUUCGCGAGGCAUCACCAAUCUAAGAGUGCUCGUUGAAGGAAGCGACCACGGUGCAUGUCCGCCGCAGUGGGUGCGAGAUCAAGAGACGGACCGGGCCGAUAUCGGGUUGGGAAAGCUGAACUUCGGCGCUAUGAAAGCACGACGAAUCCGACUGGUCGCUAUGUUUGAUGCAUUCAAAAUGAUUGCCUUGGGAUUUACCGAAGCCAGUGACACCGUUUCGGAAAACGACAACAGUUUCACACUCCAACCAAUGUGGACACCCACCUAUCCAAGAGAAGCCGUAUCCCUCGUUCCUGAAUUGCAGCCAGCAUUGCAAGGGUACAACCGUAUGCUGAAUAUUGAUUUCGCGGGUGCCAACAGUCAGAAGCUUUUGCAACUCACAAGGAUAGUGAUCCAUAUCCUCAAUGACUCGGCACCCAUUGUAGGAUUCACCUUCUAUUCCGAUAACCGGACCUCUACCCACUUCGGUCGACAGGGUUCGAUGGAAGUAUCUUGGUUGAUUGAUGGACCCGGUGGGGAGUAUGUCACAGGUGUCACAGUCGCGAAGUCCACCAAGGAUAGUCGAAUCCUGUUACUUCGGGUACUCGCAUCUCUUCGUUCGGCAUGCCACUGA